UAUGGCCGCCUAUAAACUUUAUAAUUACGGCCAUAAAGUUAAGCAAAGAACGCCGACGCCCGAUUUGGAUAAGACUUUAACGAUAACGGCAUUAAGGAUAUCAUCAGAUUUGGACAUAGGUGGUAAAUUCCUUCCAAGGUCUAGUUUAGUUCAAACGCCAACUAUAAAGAUCGAUGAUUUCGAAAGUGAAAGCUCAGACGAAGAUAGUGAUCGUUGUCCAAUUGUUAAAAUGUACGAUCUAGAGGAGGAAAGGGAUCAUAUGGUGGAGGAGGCUCUAAAAUCUUAUCGAAAUGCUCGGAUUAGCGAAAUGAUGGGCAAUAAUUUCGAAAAGUCAACUCCUUCAAGGAGAGUUACCAGUGCGAGAGAAUAUCUCGGUUGGAAAAGAAUGCCGCAAAGACCUCUUGGAACUUUAAUGAAUUUAUUACCCAACAAAACGACAAGACCAUCGACGGCUCCUGCGUGUCGUUCUAGUCUGUAUGUCCAUCAGAUACCAACAGCGUCGAUAGAACCUAUCAGAGAAGUGGAAUUAGCCAAUAGAAAUCAACAGCGAUCAGAAAGGCACGUCUUUCCACCAACGCCAGUAGAAAAGUCUCCGAGAAUUAAGAAGCCUAAAGAACAAGUCGCAAAACGACCUAAAACAGCUACGUCGGAUACAAGGAGUAUCCCUGCCGCUGGUAAGCCGUCUUAUCCUCAAAUGGAGCGUCAAUCGCGAAGUACAUCUACUUAUAGUUCAUUAUUUCGCUCGGUUGGUGAUAAUCGUAAAAGAUAUUUUAAUAUUCAUCCCGAUUGGGUAUCGGAAAACUUAAGUGUCGAAAAGUUAAAGAUCUCCGAACAGCAACGCGCAAGGUGCAGAUCGGCACCUGGCCACGGGAGAAUACCAUUAAGGAAUAAUCCAAUAGCCUGGUCGGAAGAUCUUUAA